AACGAUAAGUCCUACUUUUUGUCCAUCUUUAACCAUCUUUAACAUUAUAAAUAGGUUUCGUGGUAUGAAGUUCAAACUCUCCAGCCUCCUUUCCCCAUUUGCAACACCACCCAUCUAUCAUUCCAUUUUUGCCAUAUAUCCAAACUCUAAAAAUGCCAACAUAUGACCUACCACCCCCACAGUCCUCAACGAUUUCCCUACCUCGAUCAUUUUCAUCACCCGUGGUACCUUCUCCUCCAAUGAACACCAAAGCCGCCAAUCCAACCUUGCCUGAACUGCCAGAAAACUCGGUUCUCGUCUCGAUACCCAUCAAUACACCAUCCGAUCACCCAAGAGACAUCGCACCACCGGUCGUGCAAGAUUCAUGUACUGCCGGAGAAGAAACAAGAAACACUGAGAUGAAAAUUUCAACUCCAGCAUAUCGAAGGUCGGCCUCAGAAAGACUUCCUAUAAAUACCGUCAACACGAACCAGACUCAGAAGGUGAAUCCCGUUGUUCAACUCCUCCGGGAUCAAGAAUUGGGUAAAACAGUGCUUGGUUUUGUCGUGCCACUGACAACUGGUUUCCUUUCAGCCUAUGCCAAGGAUUCCCAUUCAUCGGUGCGGCUUUUAACAGUUCUGCCACUAUGCAUAGGGCUCACAGCAUUGUGGAAUGGUCUCCUGCUUCGCACUACCUUCCAUAGAUUUUCAAUCGCACUCGAACAAAUCGGAGCCGGGUGUAUUCUGUUUGCGUUUUUUGGGGUGAUGGGAUCAUUUCUUCCUCCACAGGUUUCUUGGGCUUCCUGGGUAUGUUUUGUUCUUUCGCUUUUACCAUUUAUCUUGGGGUACCUUCCUGUUAGAUGGGGCUCCUCUGAUGAACUGAGAGGCUAA